CCUCACCACCACUUUGAGCGAAGCAAGAGGUCGCCAUUCAGCAGCUUAGCAUUUCAGACGCCUAGCUCUGGGAUUUGACAUCGCUUGUUAGCCACAAAGCCUCACCAUGGCCACAUCGCCUCCUUCUGGCCCUGACGCUGGGCAGCAGCAGCAGCAGCCGUGGUCCCCAUCGUCUAUGCGCGUCAUGAAGGACGAACCAAUGGACGAGGCAGUGCCAGCAGCAGCUCAACCUCAGGCAAGUUCAUCCACAUCACAAUCGCAACACCCGUUCAGGGCACCUACACUGCCUGGUCCUUCCGCAUCUUCUUCAUCGUCAUCAGCAGCAGCAGCUGCAGCUGCAGCACCGCCGCCGACUUCAGCCUUCCAACCGCCCGAGCCUUCUGCCCCGACCGCCGGUCCCGCUCAGCCACAAGGUUCCACCGCCCCUUCGUCAACCAACGAUCCCAUCCGACCAGCAACAGAUCCCUCUCUCGAGGCACACGAGAAUCGCCGUCGAGCGUUGCUCAAGCGUCAAGAUGAAGACCAGAGAAAAGAUCGCACAUUGGCUGAGCUACUGCGCAUGCUCGACUCGUACACUCCCGUGAUCCCAGAUGAGGUGACGGAUUACUACUUGCAGCGGAGCGGAUUUGAAAGCGGCGAUGCAAGAUUGAAUCGCCUCCUCUCCCUAACGACCGAAAAAUUCCUGGCAGACAUCGUCUCGGACGCCUAUCAGUACUCGCGCAUCCGCUCUAGCUCUUCGACGACGACAGGCGCAGCUGCUGGUGCGGCGGCUGUGGCGGCUCAGCAGCAACAGCAGCAGCAAGGCCCAGGGGCAGGUCAACAGAGCCAGCAGCAGCGACAAGCUGGGGAAGACCGUAAUCGUACGGUGCUCACUAUGGAUGAUCUGUCGGCCGCCCUGGCUGAGUACGGGGUGAAUGCGAGGAGGUCAGAUAGUUAUCGCUAGGGAGGAGAAGACUAGAAGGGGGAGCAAGGGAGGCCAAUCAGCUCAAGAGAACGAUUUUCCAAAGUCUGGUAGGCUGCACUUCUCCGCAAGGUAGAUGCUCACAUGAGCUGUAUUUGUACUGAAUCGAGAAAAUGCAUUGGAAUCAUGACAAGCGAAA